AUGCUACACCACAGCCACACCAUACAACCACUCUUCCACCCAUCAGCCACACCACACAACCACUCUUCCACCCAACAGCCAUACCGCACAUCCACUCUUCACCCCAUCAGCCACACCACACAACCACUCUUCAACUCAUCAGUUUUACCACACAACCGCUCUGCAACCUAUCAGCCACACCUCACAACCGCUCUUCAACCAAUCAGCCACACCACACAACCACUCUUUCACCCAACAGCCACACCACACAACCACUCUUCAACCCAUCAGUCCCACUACACAACCACCCUUCCGCUCAUCAGCCUUACCACACAUCCACUCUUCAACCCAUCAGCCACACCACACAAUCACUCUUUCAUCCAACAGCCACACCACACAACCACUAUUCAGCUCAUCAGCCUUACCUCUCAACCACUAUUCAACUCAUCAGCCACACCACACAACCACUCUUCAACCCAUCAGCCACACCACACAACCACUCUUCUACCCAUCAGCCCCACCACACAUCCACUCUUCACCCCAUCAGCCACACCACACAUCCACUCUUCAGCUCAUCAGCCUUACCUCUCAACCACUAUUCAACUCAUCAGCCCCACCACACAACCACUCUUCAACCCACCAGCCACACCACACAACCACUCUUCAACCCAUCAGCCACACCACACAACCACUAUUCAACCCAUCAGCCCCACCACACAUCCACUCUUCAACCCAUCAGCCACACCACACAUCCACUCUUCAACCCAUCAGCCACACCACACAACCACUCUUCAGCUCAUCAGCAUUACCACACAACCACUAUUCAACCCAUCAGUCCCACCACACAUCCACUCUUCAACCCACCAGCCCCACCACACAUCCACUCUUCAACCCACCAGCCACACCACACAACCACUCUUCAACCCAUCAGCCCCACCACACAUCCACUCUUCAACCCAUCAGCCACACCACACAUCCACUCUGCAGCUCAUCAGCCUUACCUCUCAACCACUGUUCAACUCGUCAGCCUUACCACACAUCCACUCUUCAACCCAUCAGCCACACCACACAACCACUCUUCAGCUCAUCAGCCUUACCUCUCAACCACUAUUCAACUCAUCAGCCACACCACACAUCCACUCUUCAACCCAUCAGCCCCACCACACAACCACUAUUCAACCCAUCAGCCCCACCACACAACCACUCUUCCGCUCAUCAUCCUUACCUCUCAACCACUAG